AUGGAUCAUUCGCGUCAAUUUGGCGCACGGCCUCUUCGUCUCACCGCACAGCAGCCCUCCCUUAAGUUGCCCCCUGCCAAAACCCAGGGUGUACAGCGAGCGCCUCGCCCGGCUUUGGUCGAUGUUAGCAAUAGGGACACUUAUUCGCAGAAUCAGCCGCCAGCUGCGGCUGUAUCGCUUCCCCAAUUCAAGCCUCCUCUGACCAAGCAGGCUUCCACAGGCUCGAUUCCUCUUCCCGCUGUGGCUGGACCAGCACCAGCACCAGCACCCGCCCCGGCUCAUGCCCCGGCACCAGUGCCUACUUCUUCUCAAGCGCACAUGUCUGUGCCUAUGCCUGUGCCUGUCUCAUUGCCUGUAUCCACCGGAGCUCCUACCCAACCACCUGCGCCUGCAUUCCCGAUCACUCGCAGGCUUACUUUGAUGGAGCCCGUUGCGCCUCAGGCCUCUCAGACGAAGCCACAGGCACCAUUGCAGCUACAGCCUCAACCAGCUUUGCCAUCACAUCCACAUCCGCCAGCGCUUCCUCUUUCGCAGUCGCAGUCGCAGUCGCAGUCACUAUCGCAAUUGCAAUUGCAAUCGCAGCCGCCUCAGACGCAGUCUUAUUCACACUUUCCCUCUCACCCUCAUGUAUCAACGCAAACGCAUGCACAUCUACCGUCUCAGCCAGCUGAUCACAGACAAAUGUCAGCGCCACCUUCGCACGCUGCGCACGCAUCGACUUCACUCCCAAUGCCAGUACCAACCACAGCCACAGCCGCUACCGCUGCUGUCGGUGCUCCGGCUUCGGCCCCAGCUUCUGCGCCUGCUGCAACAUGGCUAUCAGGCACGUCUGCGAAUCUUCGUCGCUUUUCGACAGUGCCAGGGAGCCGCACAUCCUAUGUGCCGUCUGCCAUUCCUAAUGCGUUACCCGUUGUGCUGCCUGUGCGCUCUGACGGUCAGGGCGGCGCAAGCGAUGUGUCUAUGGCCACUGACACGUCAAUGCACGCCGCUGCUACAAUCGACACCACACCUGAGGACAUUCUCCCACAAUCCCGCUCGUCUGUGAGUGUGCGUUCGGAUGACAGCGAAGUCUUGGCCGAGCUUGAAAUGGACCUUGAUCCCGCUGGCAUCGUCACUCUUACUCUUGAUCAGGAAGUCAUCGAGCAGCGGCGCGUCCUUGAUAUCAGUGACAGGUUUGAAAUGUGUGUACUGGUGCCUCAGGCGCUUGCUGCUCAGUCGGAGCGUCGCGAUCUCGUGCGGCAUGGCCAGAUGGCUGCUAGUGCUGCAGCACAUGACGACGAAAUGAUGCGUCUUGGUCUCGAUACAGAAGAGGCACGCGAUAUCUCGAUGGUUGCUGAGUAUGCUCAAGACAUUUUCGACUACAUGGCAUGCACCGAACGCGAGUCGAUGGCGAAUCCGAACUACAUGGAUUUCCAAGAUGAAAUCCAGUGGCAUAUGCGUGCGACGCUCAUCGACUGGCUCCUGCAAGUUCACAUGCGCUACCACAUGCUCCCUGAAACAUUGUGGAUCGCUGUAAAUCUUGUUGACCGCUUUCUGAGCGCGCGCAUCGUGAGUCUCGCAAAGCUGCAGCUCGUGGGGGUGACAGCCAUGUUCAUUGCCGCCAAGUACGAAGAAAUCCUCGCUCCUAGUGUGGAGGAGUUUGUGUACAUGACUGAUGGCGGCUACUCUCGUGAAGAGAUUCUCAAGGGCGAACGAAUCGUUCUUUCCACGCUGGACUUUAAUGUGUCGCCGUACUGUUCGCCUUACUCGUGGGUGCGCCGCAUCUCGAAGGCUGAUGACUACGACAUCCAAACACGCACACUGUGUAAGUGUUUGAUGGAAGUGACUUUACUCAAUCAUCUUUUCCUGCGCGUCAGGCCCAGCAUGAUCGCGGCCAUUGGCAUGUAUCUUGCAAAGCGCAUGCUCGGUGGUUUGUGGGACGAUGCGUUCGUAUAUUACUCGCGGUUUUCAGAGGCGCAGCUGUUACCAGGAGCAAAUCUGAUUCUUGAGAAGCUUAUGGAGCCAGGCUUUGAAGAGCAGUUCGUGUAUAAGAAAUAUGCAAGCAAGAAAUUCCUCAAAGCGAGUAUAUAUGCGCGCAACUGGGCGCUUCGUCACCGCACUGCCCUCUCAGCAGCGUCAAAAAGCCAAUCACCCUCGUCAAGCGCAUCACCGAAUGAUGCGCAUUGA